UUGUAGUUGGGCACUGGUGGCUCACACCUGUCACUCCAGCUACUCAGGAGGUAGCAAUAAGACUUGGUUUCAAACCAACCGGUGAAAAGUUAGUAAAACCUCAUCUCAGCCAGGGGCCGGGAACGCAGGGCUGUGCUGGUCAGCCCAGUUUGGAAGCCGGUUUGUCUGGUGGCCGCACGAAGCCGUGAGAUCCGCGGGGCUCAGAGGUGCCGAGACCGUGUGUGCGGCAGGGGUCUCCUCCGGGCCGCCGUGGGCUUGGUUUUGUUCGUUUGUUCCGGGUUUUUUUUUUUGUCUAGUGAGCAGUUUCCGGAACCCAGAGCCGUCGGUGGAAAGCGGUUGCCCGGGAAGGUAUCAGACCCCCGGGCUGCAGACUUGCCGGUCCCGGCGCGCGCGCGCUAGGCGCUCCGGUGCGGCGGCCCAGCGUCCCGGGGAGGAGGAAGGACACGGGGAAGUAUCGAGAGCCAACAGCGGGAGGUGGCAGGGAAGAGCCCGACCCGCCGCGCCCGACCCCCGCGGGGAGGAGGGCGCGGCGGCCGGUGCGCAGCAGGUCUCGCCCCACGAGCGAUCUGGACGUCUGCAGAGGCCGUGCCCUGACCGCCGUGGAAGGCGAUGGAGGCCCCGCGUCGGCCCUGGUCGCGGGCCACCCGCCGGGGGCCUCGCCGAACCAGGGGGUGCCCCGGCUUCCACCCCUCAGUUCCUUACCACGAAACUCACAUGGCACCGCCGCGCCUUCCAGGGCAGGGCCAGUCCUGGGCAAAGCUUAAAACUCGAUCUGAGAUGGGAGGUCGGGACGUGGCUCGGGGCAGGCUGGACCCCAAGAGUUCCUCGCCAGGGAUGGACCAGUGAUCCCGAGCGGAGAAUGCCUGGGGCGCAGGCGCAAAAACAGCACCGAGCCCCGGACUACAUCUCCCGACAGACCUUGCGCAGGCCCCAGGGGCGGGGCGACCGUUCCCAGACCGGCCAUAGUUAGGUUGCGGGCUGGGGUCCUCGACAAAAGGUUUCUCCGCGGAGCGUGUUACAGCGUCCCCGCUUCACGCCGAAGGGAAUCGCAAAGGUCGGUCUCGUCCGGCCGCCCCACCUCGGUGACUAUUUGGCUACCCUCUCGUCCCGCCCCUUAAGGCAAGUCGCCCCUUGUAAUUGGUCGGGGUCGAGUCUGGCAGGCUCUGACCCAAUGGGAGCUGGAGAAUGGGAGCCGGGAACCGGAAGUCGGUCUCGAACAGUCGCUGUUGACUUGUGACGCCUAAACCUGCGCGCGGAAACUUCCGCCGCAGGAGCUGAGUCCUGCGUGGGUCCGCUAGUGGCUGAUACCGCCGCGCCCGGGACCCACGCAGGCCGCGGCUCGGAGCCGGGCUUCUUUUUUUCCGCCCCGGAUUUGGAGUCCAGAACCCCUAGGCUCCUGCCGCGCGGCCCGUUCUUGCUCGGUGCCCAGAGCUCCUUCCAAGAGGGGCGCAGCUGGUUUGGGGCCAAGGCUUUCUGGGGUUAUGACGAUGGCUUCGGUUGCGGGCCAGGAAGGGCUCCUGAUAGUCAAACUGGAGGAGGACUGCGCCUGGAGCCAGGAGCUGCCCCCUCCUGACCCCGGGCCGAGCCCAGAGGCCUCCCACCUGCUCUUCCGACGCUUCCGUUUCCAAGAGGCCGCCGGUCCCCGGGAAGCCCUCAGCCGGCUUCAGGAACUUUGCCAUGGGUGGCUGCGGCCUGAGCUCCGCACCAAGGAGCAGAUCCUGGAACUCCUGGUGCUGGAGCAGUUCCUGACCAUCCUGCCCCAAGAGAUCAAGGGCAGGGUGCAGGAGCUGCAUCCAGAGAGCGGCGAAGAAGCGGUGACACUUGUGGAGGACUUGCAGAGAAAGGUUGGAAGACUGAGGCAGCAGGUCACAAACCAAGGGCGGGGAGCAGAAGUGCUUUUGGAGGAGCCUUUGCCACUGGAAGCAGCAGGAGAUUCAUCGAGCUUCAAGCUUGAGCCAAUAGAGACUGAGCGAAGCCCUGGCCCCAGGCUGCAGGAGCUGCUAGAUCCCAGCCCCAAAAGGGACCCCCAGGCUGUAAAGGAGAGGGCCUUGUCCGCUCCCUGGCUUUCUCUCUUUCCUGCUGAAGGGAAUGUGGAAGACAAGGAGAUGACCGGGCCCCAGUUGCCUGAGAGCUUAGAGGACAUGGCAGUGUACAUCUCCCAGGAAGAGUGGGGCCAUCAGGAUCCUCGUAAGAAAGCCCUCUCCAGGGACACAGGACAGGAGAGUUAUGAAAACAUGGACUCACUAGAGGCGUGCAUUCCCAAUCAGGAGGCUUUGAGCACUCAAAUGGAACAAGAUGGGAAGCCAUGGGAUCCCAGCAUCCAGGGUUGCAAGGAAGGCAUGAGUUCCCGAAGCCCAACUCCAGCAGGGGAAGAGAAGUUUGAGGAUCCAGAUGUAAGUGCUCAGUCUGUUUGUCCUGAAAACACCCAGUCCCAGGCACUUCUCCCUGGCCAGGCCCGAGGGGAGAUGCCCUGGGGAAGAUCUCUGGACAGGGCUGAAGGGCAUUGGGACUCUCCCCUAGAGGACAGAAUGGAACAGUCCUUAGUGGGAGCCACAAGUUGCAGAGGCCUGGGACAAACAAAAGAACUGCAGCCAAAGAAACUCCAUUUGUGUCCCUUGUGUGGCAAAAAUUUCUCUAACAACUCAAACCUAAUCAGGCAUCAGAGAAUACAUGCGGCAGAAAGACUGUGCAUGGAUGUGGAGUGCGGUGAAAUCUUUGGUGGGCACCCACAUUUUCUGUCACUACACAGAGGACACCUGGGAGAGGAGGCUCAUAAGUGCCUUGAAUGUGGAAAGUGCUUUAGUCAGAACACCCACCUGACUCGCCACCAGCGCACCCACACAGGUGAGAAGCCGUAUCAGUGCAAUGUGUGUGGAAAAAGCUUCUCCUGCAACUCCAACCUUCACAGGCACCAGAGGACACACACCGGGGAAAAGCCAUACAAGUGUCUCGAGUGUGGGGAGAUCUUUGCUCACAGCUCCAACCUCCUGCGCCACCAAAGGAUCCACACUGGAGAAAGGCCUUAUAAGUGUGCUGAGUGUGGGAAAAGUUUCUCUCGGAGUUCCCACCUUGUCAUUCAUGAAAGAACCCAUGAGAAAGAGAGACUUGACCCCUUCUCUGAGUGUGGAGAGGGCAUGAGGAACGACAGCGCCCCCUUUCUUGCAAACCAUGCACCCCACAGAGUGGAGAAGAAACUUUUUGAAUGCUUGACUUGUGGGAAAAGCUUCCGGCAGGGUAUGCACCUUACCAGACACCAGAGAACCCACACAGGAGAGAAACCAUAUAAAUGUACCCUCUGCGGGGAAAACUUCUCUCACAGAUCCAACUUAAUCAGGCAUCAGAGAAUUCACACAGGAGAAAAACCCUAUACCUGUCACGAAUGUGGAGACAGUUUCUCACAUAGCUCCAACCGGAUUCGUCACUUGAGAACACACACAGGAGAGAGACCAUACAAGUGUACUGAGUGUGGAGAAAACUUCUCUCGGAGUUCACGUCUUAUGAGUCAUCAGAGAACUCACACUGGUUAGAAACAAUGGGAUAUCUAUCCCUUUGCCCUAGAUUAGAUGGUAUAUUCAGAGGGCUCUUUUAUUAAGAGCUGACAUUGUUUGCCCAGGUAAUUAAUGAGGUAAUUCAGGCUUCUUUUGAAGGAGUGCAGAGGCAGCAAAGGAUUAUCAUAAAAAGGAGUUCAGGCUGCAAUAGGAAGUAUGUGAGAUUUGAAGUGAACUGCUUAGGGCCACUUUGAAGUCCAAAGCACACACACCUUCUCGGGGGAUUUAACCAAGGUAUGGUUUGGGUAUCUUAUGGUUCAAUGCUUAUUCCAACAGUCUUGGCAAUCCAUAUCUUCUUCCUCAUUUGGGACGUUAAACAAGAGCAUUUGGACUCCCUAAGGCUCUAUAGAGACCAAAGUCUGGUAAACUAGCUCAAGACCAAGAUGAUUAGUUCUAAAUGGCAGUUCUCUUGAAGGAUCCAACUGGAAAGCCAGUUGUGAGGUCUUGGGAAAAUGUGCUUUCCAGCUGGUUGGAUAAUCAGCCACCAUAGCCCCCCAGUGGCUGACAGAAGUGCUAUACACGCUUGUCACACGUGUGUGACCUCAAACAUGAAGGAAUCAGAGACCUAAGAGAAACUGUAAACUAGAACUUGCAGGCGAGCCUAGGAGUUGACAGAUGAAAUGUAUGUGUAGUCUACCCGUGCAGAGACAGAUCUCUCACUUGUGUCCAAAAAAAUCUGAAUCUUGAUCCUGGUUGGAGGGUUCCAUUAGAGAUGGAUUCCCUGGGAAAUAUUUAAACUAUAAAUCCUAGAAAACUUGAGAGGUCUUUUUCUUGUUGAAAAUGUUUGGAUAGUAAUAAACAUCUCUAGGAAA